AAACUACUUUUCAAUUUGGAAACGGAACAGAGUGAAUCUGUUGAAGAAGGAGAACUGGUCGUAGUUUUCUUCUUCCUCUCUCUCUGUCUCUCUAUUCGAUUCCUUAAAAAAAAAACAGCAGAAAAAAACCCCAAAAGUUUCUAGGGUUUUGUCCUUUAACAAUGAGCUGAUUUCUCCCAAAAUUCUCCCCUAAUUCAAUCAAUUUCCUAUCCGAUCGCAUCGCGAUGUCACUAGCUUCGAAAUUAGGGUUUAUCUCGGUACUUUUGGCGUUGCUUGGAGCUGCGAGCUGUGAAAGGAGCGAAUCGGAGGCUUACGUGACUCUUCUUUAUGGCGAUGAGUUCCUUCUCGGUGUUCGAGUUCUUGGCAAAUCGAUUCGAGACACUGGAUCGAAGAAGACCAUGGUUGUUCUCGUCUCUGAUGGCGUCUCGGAUUACUCGAAGAGACUCCUAACGGCUGAUGGUUGGAAAGUGGAACUUAUAACUUUGUUGGCUAAUCCAAAUUCCAUACGACCGAAAAGGUUUUGGGGAGUCUACACCAAAUUAAAAAUAUUUAACAUGACGAAGUAUAAGAAAGUUGUUUAUCUCGACGCUGACACAAUUGUGGUCAAGAGCAUUGAGGAUUUGUUCCAGUGUUCAAAGUUCUGUGCGAACCUGAAACAUUCUGAACGUCUGAAUUCUGGAGUUAUGGUUGUGGAACCUUCUGCAGCUCUUUUCGAUGACAUGAUGAGCAAAGUGAACUCUUUGUUUUCUUACACUGGAGGAGAUCAGGGUUUUCUCAACUCAUAUUAUGCUGAUUUUCCCAAUGCCCAUUUAUUUGAACCGAACUUAUCUUCAGAAGCUAGGAAAAGUAGGGCAACACCUGAAAUGGAGCGUCUCUCUACUCUGUAUAAUGCAGACGUUGGUCUUUACAUGCUGGCCAACAAGUGGAUGGUUGAUGAGAAGGAUCUACGAGUCAUUCAUUACACCCUUGGCCCUCUUAAGCCAUGGGAUUGGUGGACAGCUUGGCUUCUAAAACCUGUUGACGUCUGGCAGAAAGUUCGCGAACAACUUGAGGAAACACUUCCAGGUACCGGAGGAGGACGAAACGCCAAUGAGCAGCUGAUAGUCAGAAUUCUGUUUGCCCUUCCCUUAUGUCUUUUGCUGCUUUGUUACUACAGAUCCUUCUUUCAGAUCAGAGAUUUGUUCAGUACUUCUGGUCGAAGCUCUAUAUGUGAUUAUGCUCGACUUGUUUACUAUAAAUAUAGAUCAGGUGCAGGAAUUCAGAGUUAUUCUUCUGUUGGUGUCGCCUCAUCUUCCAUUGCUAAUUCAAAUCAACAGUUCUCAAGUGGCACAAAUUCGAAGGUACCUGCUUAUUUGGGUGCAGUCUCCAUAUCUUUUUGCUUUUUAGCUGCCAUAUUAUCAUUGGCACUUGCAUUUAUUGUUGUCCCUCGACAAGUAAUGCCGUGGACGGGUUUGCUGCUGAUGUAUGAGUGGACAUUCACAACAUUUUUCAUAAUGUUUGGAUGUUAUCUUCAUUUCGUCCACCUGUGGGGAAAGGCAACAGCAAGUCAAGCAGGAAGCAGUCUCCCACGUGUGGAUUCUGCUGAUUUGGAAUCAGGAAAAGGCCAUCAACGUCAGUCUUCGAGUUGUGAUGUUUCCAUAUGGUUCUAUGGAAGCGGGAUGGCAAUUCUAGCGGUUCUUGCCCUUUCAUUACCGAUCUUAUUGGGGAUCACUGCUCUUUUCGCUAGAUUAGGGUUAAUGGUUGGAGGAGGCAUAGUGCUUGCAUCUUUCAUGACAUAUGCUGCAGAGCAUCUUGCAAUCAGAGCGUUUCUUCGAGGGCUAGAAGAUCGCGAUGUGCCCAGCAGAAAUCGAAGCUUUUGUUUUUUGUGUUAACUUUCUUACGAUGUUGUAUAUUAAUUUUGCAUGUACAAAUUUUGACUUGCUAUUCUUUUGUAUCAGAUUCUAGUUUCCUCUGUUAGGGUGGUUCUUAGCUCUAGAGAGGCUGCAUGACCUUUGCAUAAUUUUGUAAUUUAUGAGGCAAAAUUUCCCCCUUGCAAUUGGCUGGCUUCGAAAUGCCUCUUUUUAGUUGUUGCCUUUUAGGGCAAGUCCAUUAAAUUUUUUGCUUUGUUAAGGUAUAGUCUGUUUUUCUGUAUUUGGAGUAAUCCAUCAAGUUGCUUGUCAUAUGGUGAGACUUGCACA